GUAGUGGAGUCCGUUGUGUGUUUUGUAUUAGAUCAGUAAGGGCUAAGAUAUAUAAGUUUAUCGACUUUCUAUCCCGCGUUCACCAGACACGUCAAACGAGGGGAUGGCGGAUUGGAAAAUGCCUGUUAAUUACAAUUUCAACCCAUCUUAUCAUGCGUAUGCAUACGGCCAACCGAAUCUGACCUGGAAAGAGGCCGCAUACACUCACACCGGCGGGGUCUCAACGAGUUUCUACUCCACUCAAGCCGCACAGCAGUCGCCACCCUGGAGUCCGGAGAACACCGCUGCCAGCAAUUAUGGGCACUACCCGAGCCACACGCAGAACGGGCGAUUGUUCCUGUCUUAUAACAAGACUGAGGUCGACCCGAAGACGAAAGAUGCAGAGCAGGCCGGGAGCGAUACACCAAGUGAUUCAGAGGCCCAUACACCAGAUUCUUGGAGUUCUGGGAGCAGUCGAGAAGGGGCCACUCUGACCAACCUGAAUCUCCCUUCCUGGAGGGAUCAGGACUACGAAACCGACAGCGGCAGUCCUGAUGGGACAGAACUUGUCUCAAACUCUCAGUCUGUGGUGGGAGAGGAGCCAGCAAGUUUGAAUCUGGGUAUGGAUGGUUUGCCUCAAGUGUCUGUGAGUACAUCUUCAACGCAACCAGUCCAACCCCGCAAGACCCGCACUGCCUUUUCUGAGGUGCAAAUGAAUGCUCUUGUACACCGGUUCAAUGUCCAGAGAUACCUGACACCUGCAGAGAUGAAGAAUCUUGCUGGAUUGACAGGACUAACAUACAAGCAGGUGAAAACUUGGUUCCAGAACCGCAGGAUGAAACUCAAGAGGCACCAAAGAGAUGGCAGUUGGAUGGCCGAGAGAUAUGGAAUGUCCAACACACCAGCUCCUCGCUCUCCGUUUCAGAGUGAUGCCUCCCUACCAAACCAAGACCAAUACAGUAACCCUCAGUUGAGAGAAGCCAUUUUUAAGAGUCCUCCUCCAAAAACGCCCUUCUACCCCAGCUACCCACAGCCACGCUCCCCUUCCCAGGCCACCACGAGACCCCCGGGAAACUGGCCUCUGCCCCCAGCUGUGAUGCACUACGAGUUCCCCAACCCUACUAGCUACAUGCAGGCCCAUGUCAACACCAGCAUCAAUGACGGCGGCAAUGCAGUGAACAAAGAAAGUCGUUCUACUCCAAUGCCUGCUGCCCCUAGCACCACCCACUGGUCAACAUAAGGAAUGACUUUGCUGUGUGGUUCUGGCUGCUUGUGUAUAUUUUUUUUUCCUUUUUUUUUUCUUCAGCCACACAGCAUAUGUUAACCAUAAUUGUAAAUAAAUUUUUUUUUU